UCCCCGCCCCUCCUGCCUCGGCCGUCGUCGCCGAGCUGCCGCGGUCAUCCCCAGAGGCAGGAAGCGCAUCUACUUCUCGUCCAAUUCCGACAUGGUAGCGUUGAGCUCGCAAGGUUCCAGGAUAAGUGCAGGCAGCCGUGGUGUCUGUGGGCUUCUGAGGUCGCGACCACUGGUGCCCUACAGAGAAGGCCCUCUUGCUUAUGAGCCCACCGUGGUGUGCGUGUGCAACAGAAAGGCACCACGGUGGAUUUCGUGGAGUGAUGAUAAUCCAGGUCGGAGGUACUAUAGAUGCAGCCAAGCAAGGACUGAUGGAGACUGUGGCUUCUAUGUGUGGUAUGAUCCUGACCACACAACAUUUAUGAAGAACUUACUUUUGGAUCUCCGUAAUGCUGUUUGGGAAUUGAGGAGCAAAGCGGAGGAGAUUGCUGAGCUGAAGGAAAUCAAUGACUUGCUGUCCAGUGAGAAUAAAGAGAAGGUUUUAGUCGUAAUGGCACAGCAGAAGGACCUGGAAGAGAGGAGUCAGCAAUUGGCACUCCUGGCUAACAAGAUCAGUUCAAGGAGUAGCUGUAGUUUAUUCUGUUGUGGCUUUGUAAUGUUACUGGUUGGCUUGUUCUUUGGCCUGAUGUUAGGUGCCAUGUGACAUAUCCAUGUAACGUGUCUUAUCAAAGCAUUUGUAUGCAAGUGAUGCAGACAGUAUAAGACAACAAUCUUUUAUCGGAUUCAUGCUGCAUAUAUACCAUCUGGCAUGGGAGCAGAGAAUAUGCAUAGUUUGGGUUGGGUGGCUACUUGCUACUGAAGUUUUCAGAAGAUCCCGUGCCAAUUCAUUAGUGUUUCUGCUGAAAACUUUUGAGAAAAUGAAUGAGGGUUUGUUCA